CGCGUGCCUCCGGAUAGCGGCCUGAAGCCACUCAACAGCUGAGAGGUGCAGUGGAGGCAGCCCCAGGCAGCACCGGCGGGCGGCAGCGGGGGGGUGGACAGAAUAGCCACGCCCCCUCCAUUUUGGCGCCCUAGGCAGCUGCCUAGUUCGCCUUAAUGGACGUGCCAGCCCUAAGUAGGGCUAAACUGCUUUAUUAAAGGUUAUAGACAAAGUCCAAAACUCUGCCACGCAGCUCAUAAACUCAGAGCUGUUCAUCUUUGCUUCCAGCCAGAACGAAAGCUAAAAGUGAAAGGGAAGAAUAGAAUACAAAAACAUCACAUGGUAAAGAAAUAUAACAUACACUUCUUUUCCCAGACUGUGUGUGUGAAAACCAACAGACACAUUACAUGAUGCUUCUUGCUGGAGCAGCAGAGGACAUAUACAAAUCCUAACAGGAGGUAGACGAUAUAUUGAUUUCAAAAACAAACAAGCAGCAAAUCUACAAGCACAUAAAACAUCUCUAAGGAGAUAAAAACAUCAGAAUUAAAAUUUGAAAACAGGUAUUAAAAAUAUUAAAAGUAAAAUCAAUUUAAUUUUAAAACUAAUCUAAUUUAAUUUAACCAACACUAAUGUUUCAAGCAUGAGCUGAAAUAUGGCUUAUAAAGAGCCUUAUAGAUGCCUCAGAUAGAUGGACCAGUGGUCAAUCUCAGCAUUGCCUACCUAAUACUGGAUAAAGGUUUCCAAACAAAAUGGUAACACAGUCCUUUGCCUACAGGAUUACAAUCUACAUUUUUAUUUACCAGCCAUUUUUAAUGGUUAUGUUUAAUCUGCAUUAAAGUUCUAGUCUGCAGUCCUAUGCCCAUUUACUUGGGAGUGAAUUGAAUGGUGAAUUGAAUGGUGAGGUAUAGAGGCUGUGCUGUUGAAGGUUUAUUGCUCGUUUUGCUAAUUUGUUGUGGACAUUGGUUUUGUUGUUUUAUUUGUAUCUGGUAUGAAUAUUUUUUAGUAUUUUUACCUAUCUCGCAGUUCAACGUGCAGCACAGCCUUCUCAAAUAAAUUCAGCCAUAAAAGUGGCCAGCAGAGUGGUUUGUGUCUUACUCAGCCCAGCGCCAUUGAACUGCAUGCUAUUCCUAUCUUGAGUGGGCAGUGCGUGGUUUAGUCACUCAAUUAUUAUUAAUUCUUCACCGGGCAUAGUUGCCAGUCUCAGCCUCUGCUUUGCUCUCCGUGCCUCUUGAUUCUCCGGAGCUGAUCUCUUAGCAAAUUGGUGGGGUUAUAUAUAUAUAUAUAUAUAUAUAUAUAUAGAGAGAGAGAGAGAGAGAGAGAGAGAGAGAGAGAGAGAGGGAGGGAGAGAGAGAGAGAGAUCUUCUUUGUUGGGAGAGGUUGUCUGGGUUUAUUUUUAAGGGCGCUUCACUUCUAAACAAUGUGGUAAUGGCAAAACCAACAAUAUCCUGCAGGCUCCUCUCUUCUGGACAGUACAGUAAGCUGCUGAUGCCAAUGAUGAGUCAGACUGUUUGGUGCUGAUGCUGCUGCCAUUUCAUCAGUUCUGUGAUCUCGCCUGCAUCUCUCCCCUUCGCUGCCCCUCCAUCUUUGAAGCGCUGGGUAUCUUUUUUUUCCGGGGGGGGGGGGCAGAACGCAAAGGAAGGUGGAUGUUCUCUACUCUCUUGGAGGCAAACCAAAUCCACCUGGUGCUAACCAGAUGUCCUUGAGAAGCAACCCUCCUUCCUCCUGACAUAUUUCCGACGGAAAGCUUCAAGGUAACUGUCCUUCGCUCCCCUCUGCCUCGUAAAGAAGGCCCGGACGAGCUUGGAGCAUCCGGCCUGCCUUAGGUGGAGGAUGGAGCAUCGUUUCAGGACAAUAUUCCUAAAAGCCUCCCUGCUGCAGCUCAAGGACCAGUUGCCUGGCGGAUUACUGGGGGGGUGCUGAGACAGCAGCCGGGAGGUCGUCUUGAUGACAUCCUUUUGUGGGGGUUUGGGGUAAAAACAAAAAACCAAGAACUAAACAAGAACAGCAACCCACCACCACAGAAACCAAGGGCUUGAGAAAGAGGGGAGGAGGGGCGCGCGCGCGUGUUUUCUGUCAUUGCAAACGGCAAGACCCCUUCCUUGGCAAAAACGAGAGGGGCGGCUCUUCGGCUGAGCGGUGUGACGGGCUGACGUUCAGAAAGGAUGCGUUGUUACUGUCUUGCUUAAAAAGAAAUGUGCUGCUUUGGGUCGAGGGAAGGGGAGAGAAGGCGCUAAAGUGAGGAGUCUCAGACCCCCUGACCUUUCCGUCCACUUUCAGCGGGAACAUUUGUGAAGAGUGUGUGUGUGUGUGUGUGUGUGUGUGUAAGUGUGACACAGGUAACACCAGCCUAGUAGUCUACUCCACGUUCUGGAGGGUGCGACGCGUAGGACCUGCCCCACUUCCUCCUCCUCCAGAGAAGAUCAACUGCGACAAGGACCGCGUCGCUUCCCCCUUUUUCUUCCCUGCUCGCUCGCUCUCCCAGGAGACGAGAAGAAGCCGCAAAAGGGGACGGAAGAGGAACGCCGCCCAGUGGCCGGUGCGUGCGCGCCGGCGCGCUCCUCAACUAGUCCUUGCUCUCCAACGCGGCGCCCCAUCCGCCUUGCGGGCCGCCGGGAGCGCAGCCUCGAGUUGCUAGCGGUGGCGGGAGACCCUCUUCGGUCGGGUAUGGAAGGCUUGCAUUAGGCUCGCUCCUGCUUCCCUGCGCCAGGCUUGUGUUGUGCUCCUCGAAGGAAGACGCUGCGCCUCCGGCAUCCGCGUGGUUGGUCUCUCCGGGGGCGAAGACGCAGCGGCGGCGGCACCGACACCACCACCACCAAGCGCCGGCUCCGGAGCUACCCAGUCUGGGGAAGGUGGAGCAUGGAGGCCAUUUGGCUCUACCAGUUCCGCCUGAUCGUCAUCGGGGACUCCACCGUGGGCAAAUCCUGCCUCAUCCGCCGCUUCACCGAAGGGCGCUUCGCCCAAGUCUCCGACCCCACCGUGGGCGUGGAUUUCUUCUCCCGCCUGGUGGAGAUCGAGCCAGGCAAAAGAAUCAAGCUGCAGAUCUGGGACACCGCCGGACAGGAGAGAUUCAGAUCAAUUACCAAAGCCUACUACAGGAACUCAGUUGGCGGUCUGCUCCUCUUUGACAUUACAAACCGCAGGUCCUUCCAGAAUGUUCACGAGUGGCUAGAGGAGACCAAAGCGCACGUCCAGCCUUACCAGAUUGUGUUCGUUUUGGUGGGCCACAAAUGCGACCUAGACACUCAGCGGCAAGUCACCCGGCACGAAGCUGAAAAACUGGCCCUUGCUUAUGGCAUGAAGUACAUUGAAACCUCUGCCCGGGAUGCCAUUAAUGUGGAGAAAGCUUUCACCGACCUGACUCGAGACAUAUAUGAGCUUGUUAAGAGAGGCGAAAUUACUAUCCAGGAGGGCUGGGAAGGGGUGAAGAGUGGGUUUGUCCCAAACGUAGUCCACUCCUCGGAAGAGGUGGUGAAAUCAGACAGGAGAUGUCUGUGCUAAUUGCUUAAUGAAAGCAAGGAAAGAUUAUUGCUGAACUUUACUAACCAAAACAUACCCUGCUAUACAAACUUGUCGUGUGACAGAAGAGAAUGUGACAGUAGUAUGGCAAGUACCAAUGCCUGGUGCUUUGAACCUCUGAAGAAUAGAAUCGUGAAGGGCUGUAACCCCCCGUUAUGUAGGAAUGAACCCAGAUGCAUGCUUAUAUUGUAGGAGAUGGGGUAAUGUUAAGAGCAGAAAAGAUCCGAUAGGGGUAGUAAAUAUCAGGGAAAUUUACAAACCCUGUUUUAAAUAAAUCUGUCAUUCAGUGCUUUGUGUUGAAGCCUAUUAAUAUGAAACAUAUUCAGAGGAGGAGGAGAGACAGAAAUCUUGGCUUAUUAUUCUAUAUUUUUAGGAAGAUUAAAACAUAACAUGGUUGCCAUUCUUUUUACGAGAACUUGAUGGUUAACACAAAGAGGAAAGCAUAUUUUGCAGAAGGGGCAAAUGCUUUCAUGCCUAUAAUAUUGCUGCAGUAUAAUCCAACUCUCUUUAAAAGGAAAGGGUUAGAUCACUCUUGUUAAAAUGCAGUGCAGUGAAUAGAACUGUUAAAAUGUGGUGCAAUGAAUAGAACACAGACUGGUGUUUUCCUGAUCAAGUCAGACUUGGUGGUUCCAAUUCCAGUAAUUUGACAGACCAAACGUUUGUGCUACUUCUUCAGUUAUUGAACUGGAAAUGCUCCCCAUUUCUGAAUUGGCUGUAAAAUCUGUUAUCAGCAAUGGUGAAAUUCUCAGCCAUAUGCAAUCAUUAAAUGGGAAAUUAUUUUAUCCUAAUUCAGGGGGGGAUGCAGCCCUCCCACCAGUAGCAAGCUGCAGUGGGCAAUUUUGGGUCAUUUUAAAUACAAACUUCUUGCAAAUAAGGCUGGGGAGAAGCAGGACUCAUCAAAAUGGAGAGCACAGACUUUUCCCAAAGAGCAGGAAGUGGGGGUGUUCUUUGUUUUGUUUUGUGGGGUGAAUUUUUUUUGGAAAACAAGUUCAAAAGGACUAUCUGAAGCUGAAGAGGUGAACAGCAGGAGAGAGAGAACUAAGGAAGAGGGUGUGUGGGUAGGAAACCCACAGGAAAGCGGUCAGAAGCGCAAGAAGGAACGUUUUUUACUUUGAAAGUAGGACUGGAUAAAAUGCUGGCCUACAACGCUUCAAGUGGGCCUUUGUUUCAGGGUAAACUUCUUGAGUUCUGAAUUAAGAAAGCAAGCAGUCCAAAUGAAUUAAGGUAAGCAAUAACAGCCACCCUGAAUACCUAGGAAGAAAUUAAUGUGUUGGCAAGAUACACAGUGAUAUUCAUAUGUGCAAAGAAAGGAUGCUUAAUGUGUAUAAUGGUCUAGAUAGAUAUUAAGAUGGAACAAGCCUGGAAGCAGGAAGGGGGAGAGAGUGGGGGAGGAGAGAGAGAGAGAGAGAACAUCUGGAGAGCACCAGGUUGGGGAAGAAUGUGGUAUAACAAUUAUUUUGAAUGAAGUUAAUCUAUACCUUCACAUGCAUUUCCACACUUGAUCAUAGCUUUCAACUUUUCCCUUUUCUCGUGAGGAAUCCUAUUCGGAAUAAGGGAAUUUCCCUUAAAAAAAGGGGGAAAGUUGACAGCUAUGCACUUUAUACUUACAGAAGAUCCUUUUAAGAGAACUGCCCACAUCAUUACUUUGUAAAGAUGCAGGCAGAACUAUAUUAGGUGAGUUUGAACUGGAAACAGAAUUUUAAGUUUGGCACAACAAAGGUCAUAUUAGGGGUAAUGCUAAUAUUGGUGUCUUUAUUUUCAAUAAUUAAUUGGGUAACUAGCCUUGUAAUAAACACCACUAAUAUCCACCUUGAGACAGGGAGAAAAAGUGGGCGAGGGGCAGUUUGAAAAAGCCCCCCCCCCAACAAAAAUCAAGAGUGUGUGUAUAGGUGUGUCUGUAUACAUGCACACAUAUUUUCAGAGGGGUGAUGUUUUUCAAACUAGCCCUCAUCUACUUUUAUAUACAUUGGCCCAUAUAAUAUUUUGCUUCUCAUCAAGUGGUAAUAAUAAUUACACAAAUAGUCACAUGACAUUCACUGCCAGCCAGGCUUUUGCACACUUGCAACAGCAAUGGGAUAUGAACAGCAUUUAAUCUUGAGCCAAAAAUAUAUAGCUAAAAACAACCCCCAAUUAAUCUAGUCCAUCCUGACUUCCACUUUCAUUGGAGUUAAGGAGAAAUGUUUUGCCCAACCCAUACAGAUAUUACAAAGCAAGAAUGCAAUAGGUGAGGGAAGGGAGCCCCAGACAAUAUCAAAGGAAAAUUCUUAUAUUUUUCUGGGCUUGACAUUAGGGUUGAACCCAGGUAUCAAAAGAGUUUCGAAGUUAACACCCUAGCAAACUCUGGCUCAAAUUCAGCUGCAUUGGGAUUAGAGAGACAUACAGGCUCGGAGUGGGGGGCAAGAUGGAAGAAAACUGGGGCUGUCACCCAAUUAAAGUUGUUUUAGUCAAUUUUAUGAAUUUUCAUUGCAUGGAUUUCCAGAGAUGCCUUGCUUAAAUGCUGUUACUGCAAAAAAAGCAGUGUAUCUUGUGACACCUUAUAGAAUGAUUGAAUGAAGGUAUGUCACUUUUUAAAGUGUCACAGAACUCUGUGCUGUUUCAAUUACAAGUUUCUAAAGUUUUCUAAAGAAAAAAGCAUAUUCUUUUUAGAUUGGGGUGGCCCUCCGCAUGCUGUUGGACUUCAAAUCUCAUUAGAUCAGCCAGCAUGGCCAAUGAUUAUGGAUGAUGAUCUAAACUUACAACUGACCCUUAUAGUGAAUGGGAGAAACUGAGCUCAGUGAAUGUACCAUAAAUGCUUUAGACUAGAGCAGGGAUGAGGGACCUAUGGCCCUCCACAUAUUGGUCAUGGAUGAUGGGAGUUGUGGUCCAACAACAUCUGGAAGCCCAAAGAUGCCAAUAUCCUUGUUUUAGAUAUAAUGCACAGUAGUUUUAGAGAAUGGACAGCAGGCAUCAUGGUUCUUCUGAAAUGGUACUUUCCAUCUAUAAAAGAGCUUGCAUUAGAAAUUAUUAUAAGAUUAAAUGACUACGCAAUUAAUUAGGGGCUCCUUUUUAGUUGAUCAAAAAGCUUUUAUAAUCAAUUAAUCUAAGCAGUUGACUUAACUGUUGCAGCCCUCUAGAAAAAACCAGUAUCAGUUACCGGUAAUACUGAAGUUAUAUCAUAAACAUUGUAACCAAGUCUAAUUAAAAACUUCCAAUUUUCUGUCCUACCAUAACUGAAUUGAAUAUAUUCCAUGUUUUAUUUUAGAUUGCUAAAUUGACAUGUUCAUUUCAUUCCAGGCAUGUUCAUUUUCAAACUUUUCAUCUUAAAACACAAGUUUUCCUUUUCUGUAUGAUAAUAUUGUGGUCUUUCAUACUAUUUAUAACCCAAAUAAGAUACUGUUACUGCUUCUUCUUGUUUAACCAAAGUCUUGGUGGUUCCUAUUUUCAAUUCUAAAAAAACCCAAAUAUACCUAACAUCUUAAGAGUGCAGCACCUUGCAACUUUUAUCGCUUACCUUGACUAUAUCUUUGUGAUUAUUUCUUUUAGUACAGCAAAACAAUUUAUACUUUUUAACUUCAUAAAUAUGCUGCACAGAACUAAUUCAUAUGAUAGCUUUUAAAACCUUGGAUGAAUCAGGAAAGGGAAAAGAUAGUACAUCUUCAACCCAGCGCAUAGUUAAAACUAUGAAAUUCGUUCUCACAAGACGUCGUAGUGGCCACUCUUUGGAAGGCUUCUAAAGGGGAGAAGACUAUCAAUGGCUACUAGCUAUGGCUACUAGCUAUGACAGUUGUGUUCUGCCCCAGCAUACGAGUUGCUGGGAGUCAAAAGUGGGCUCAGUGCUGUUGCACACGAGUGCUGCUUGUGGAAUUCCCAUUGUGGCCCUUUUCUUGCUACUGAGAGAACAGGAUGUUAGACUAGAUGGGGCCAUAGGCCUGAUCCAACAGGGCUCUCCUUACAUUCUUAUGUAAAUUCUACACAACAUACUUAAUGCAAAUAUAUUGGCUCAAAUCCAAAGAAAGUUAGCCAUGAUACUCAAGGACUGGUUUAAAUUAACAAGGCAUAAAUUAGUCACAACGGCACUUGUCCUGUUGAGUUCAGAGCAGCACAUUUAACUUCCUCUGGAUUUGGGUCAUUCGGACUCAUUCCAUUGAAUCCAUUAUGAUGACAACAUGUUUAUUUGAAUUGGUACCAGCUUUCUGAAGUUGCAGAAAGAGGGCUCUCCUAACAUCCCUUUAACCGGAGAAAAGUAAGAGCAUAAGGGCUUCUGUAUGCCAAGAAUGACCUCUCCCCUUCACGUACUGAUGGUACAAACCUAAGUGUGGCUACUAAGAAGCAAGGCCAAUUGCAUUCUUAGGGACUCUCUCCCUGGUGUGUUUAGGACUGCAACCUUAAUGUAUUAAAAUUUAGGUUUCAUAAGCAAAUCAGCAUUGGAUACAUUUCAGUUCUACUCAACCUUCAAAAAGCAUUCAAAUACUAUUACCCUUCAUGGCUUCAAACCUUUUAAGACAUUUUGUAUCUCUGUAAGGGACAUGAUAAAAAAAUCUUACUCAUCAAUUAAUCUUCUAAUUAAUCUUACUCUUUAUUUAUCCAAAGUCAUUCUAGUGUAGUGAGAAAAUAUUUUUAACAGCAAAUAAAUACCCCAGGAAAAGCUAUAGAUUUACUUCUGCAUUGUCAUUAAUUUACCAAGCAUUGUUCUUUACCCCAGAUUCAGGUAUUCAGUUGGCUUUAAAAAUGAAUUCAGGAUUAAACAUUCUGCAUAAUAACCAAUAUUGCUCACAACGAACCCAUUGAAAUUAAGGGACCUGCUCUGAGUAGGACCAACAUUUGCUACAAUUCUCUAUUUAUAAAACAUUUAUAUGCUGAUUUUUGGCUCUAAACUUUUUUGGACUGCCCUCUUAACUGCAAAAAUACAAUUGAAUCCAAAAGAAAGCAACUAGCAUGAAGAAUUCCAGCAUCAUUUUACGUCAGGAUCCAUAGACUAGCAUACUGGCAAAUUUCAUUUCCCCUCAGUGCAUUUACUGGUGUUUUUUUUACCAAAAUAGAUAUAGUUCAACUGCUGCCUGCCUCAAUAAAUACAUUUUAAAUACAUAGAGGGAAUAAAGUUUGGUCAUAUUUGGACUCUUUGAUUUAUAAUGUAUACUGCAUUAGAGUUACAAAAGAAAGUAAAAUGUAUAGGAAAUUUGACUGAAGACCUUUAAACGUAAAAUAAUUCUGAUCGAAACUCAUGAUGUAAUCUCUUUCUAAUGCCGUAUAUUUUUAGGCAACUUAUAUAAAUGAUCAUCUGGGGAGGGGGACUUCCUCCUAUACAAAUAAAAGUGGGGUUUGACUUUGUAAAAUGAAAAACCUCAUCUUUUUCUUGACUUGUUUUAGCAUUUUGACUACUGCAAGAUACACUGGAGGGUAAUACUUUUUUAAAAAAAAGGCAUUUUCUUUCAUUUUCAUUCUCUGGCAAAGACACACAAAAUAAAAACAAGCCUGUUGGUAAACUCACAAUCUCAGUCUGCAUGCUGGAUUAAAAGGAAAAAAAAACUCUCAGUACCUCCAGAUUAAAAUUAUACUGUACACUUUCCCUAGCUUUCUGUUAUAUGCACUGUAAUGAAAUGUGACAAAAAAAACCUGCUGUAUUUAGCUGUGUGUGAAUGAAAACUAUGCUUGUAUCUAGCAAAAUGGUUAAUGUGAUUAUGUGACAUUCAAAACUUGUAAAGGAAAAUCCGUGUUUUUAUUCCCUCUGCUGUUCCCCACCCCACCCCAUCAAACAUCUGUAUACAGCAACCAUGGUGGUAAAAACCCAGUACGGAGUAGAUUAAUAAUAAACAUACACACUGUUUUAACAGAAUCCACUGGUGUUUUUAAGGUGCAGAUAUGAACAAGGUCUGUCUCCCACUAUCCUGGGCAUUUUCAAACUUGUAUUCUUGUACAAAUCCACAAUGAACAGUUUAUUCUAUAGAGCCAGGAUGGGAAAUAGUCCAUUUGAAUCAUUGCCAAGGCAAUGUAUUGUGAACUACAGGGAAAUCGCUAAUUCCUGUAUUGCACACAGCUGACAUUUUAACUGAAAUCAAGCAAAUUAUGACCUAGGAAUUGCUGGUAGAUUGGACUGCUGCUCUUCUGCAUUGUCAUUUGUGCAAGCUGCAGUUAAACUUUUGAAAAUCCAGCCAUGGAAAACAUUUGCUGACAAAUGUACAUCCUGCCGGAAAAACAUCCAGCAUCCACAUCCAUGCAUCCUUGCAGUGCCUGUUGCCACACUCUAGCUGCCCCCCUUCCAUUAAAAAAAGGCUUCUUGCUUUUAACGCCCAACUGACACAGGAACACUAAUGGGCCCUGUGGGAAAUAAAGCUAGAGUAGGCAGUGGCAGGGUGGAGGCAGGAUCUUCCUAGCUUUCCACAAUGUCUCAGAGCAAUGAUGUAUUGAGAGAACUGCAGGACAAAUGGUGGUUAGACUCAGUAGGCCUGGUACAGCUCAGAGCAGAAACACAAUUGGAUAAAAGGAACCAGAAGGCACUUUGCACACAGACCCUUUAAUCCUGGCCGUGGUCACAGCUGGUGAAGGUGAGGAUUAAAGAUAACGUUCUAUAGCGUGGUGUUUCUAGGAACCAAAAAAGUGUCCAUCUGCUCAGCAAUGCUGCCAACUGGAUGGUGGAUGGUGGACGGACAUUGGUCAUGUUCCAGUCUUAGCCUGAUAUAUCCCUGCAAGAUCAUGGAUUUAAAACAGAGGCAGUCAACUAUGAUGCUCUUCAGAUGUUGCUUGACUCAAACUUCCAGCAACCGCAGCUAGUAAGGGCAUUGGCCAGGGAGUGAUGGGAGUUGUAGUCCACCAAAAAGACAAGAGUUGUCACCUGAUUAUAGAAUCUUGAGUCAAUUAGUUAUAUUUGUAUGUAGGAGAAAAUAGUUCUUGAAGCAAUAAACAUAUUUUCUGUUCUUAUGGUUAUGUACAUGUAUCCUCUUGAGAAUACAUUGCUUCCUAUGAGAAGGAUCAGGAAAUGGCAACUAAAAUGAUCGAGGCAUGGAAGUACGUAAAUAUGAGGAAAUGUUCCAACAGUUGGAGCUGUUUGCUUUAGAAAAAAGGAGAGUAAAUUGAGGGAUGGAGAAUGAUGAAUGUUUAUAGAAUUAUUCAGGGCUAGAGGGAACAUUGCUGUCGUGUAAUAGUGGAAGAUUCAAGACAGUGCAUGGCUGGAAGUGUUGAGUUUGCACCCAUGAUGUGUAGUAAUGGCCACUAACUUGUAUGACUUUAAAAAUUGUUCUAAUAAAAAUUCAUGAAGGAUAUCUGGUUACUAGGCAUGUAGGGGACCCCUGUGAGCAUUGGAUGCUGGACUAGGUAGGCCUUUGGCAUGAGCCAGCAACUCUUCUCUUAUGAUGAAACUUCAGAAAGGAUGUCACAUCAUUUGCCACAAGAUCUUGUGCUGGGAUGACCAUGUGUGCAUGACUGAAUUUGUAAGCACCUAACGGUAAAGGGAUGGUACGCAGGUGGUGCUGUGGGUUAAACCACAGAGCCUAGGGCUUGCCGAUCAGAAGGUUGGC